CGCGGCCUGGCCUAUGGGCGCCGGGCUGCCCGCGAGUGGCUUUUCUGCCUGUCGUUGAAGGAAGGGAGGCCGGUUCAGUCAUGGCGGCGUUUCUGAGGGUUCUGGCUCUUGCUCUCUUGGCCGUGCUGGCCGGCUCCGGCGUCGGAGGGCAGAAGAAGAAGGAGAUGGUUCUUUCAGAAAAAGUGAAUCAGCUGAUGGAAUGGGCUAGCAAACGGUCGGUUAUUCGACUGAACGGUGAUAAAUUUCGUCGUCUUAUAAAGGCACCGCCAAGAAACUACUCUGUGAUUGUUAUGUUCACUGCGCUUCAGCCUCACAGACAAUGUGUUGUGUGCAAGCAAGCUGAUGAAGAAUAUCAGAUUCUGGCAAACUCAUGGCGGUACUCAAGUGCAUUCACAAACAGGAUCUUUUUUGCCAUGGUUGAUUUCGAUGAAGGUUCUGAUGUAUUUCAAAUGCUCAACAUGAACUCUGCUCCAACCUUCAUUAAUUUCCCACCAAAAGGGAAACCGAAAAAAGGUGAUACAUACGAACUGCAAGUACGAGGUUUUGCUGCUGAACAGCUAGCCCGUUGGGUUGCUGAUAGAACUGAUGUCAAUAUCCGUGUGAUAAGGCCUCCAAACUAUGCUGGGCCCUUGAUGUUGGGGCUGCUGCUCGCUGUUAUCGGUGGCCUUGUAUACUUAAGAAGAAGCAACAUGGAUUUUCUGUAUAACAAGACAGGCUGGGCUUUUGCUGCUUUGUGUUUCGUUCUGGCAAUGACAUCAGGGCAAAUGUGGAAUCACAUCAGAGGGCCACCAUAUGCUCAUAAGAAUCCCCAUUCAGGUCAAGUGAGCUAUAUUCAUGGGAGCAGUCAAGCUCAAUUUGUUGCUGAAACACACAUUGUUCUGUUGUUUAAUGCUGGCGUUACUCUUGGGAUGGUGCUCCUGCAUGAAGCUGCUACUUCUGACCUGGAAGUAGUGAAGAGAAAAAUAAUGUGUAUGGCUGGCAUCGGUUUGGUGGUCUUGUUCUUCAGUUGGCUGCUCUCAAUAUUUAGAUCUAAGUACCAUGGCUAUCCAUACAGCUUCCUAAUGAGCUAGAGCAUGUUGCAUCUCUGCUGUUUUCCUGAAGCGUGAAAUAUGUGGACCAUGCUACCUCCAUUUGAAAUGAAUGGGAAUGAGACUGUUGCACACCAAACCAAAGAUGUCAAGUGCCUUGACAAUUUGCCCUAAAAGUCAUGGGGAGUAUUAAGAUACAUGCUCUUUUCUCCAUUUACUUUAAGUCUAGUAUAAUUUUGCAUCUGGGUUCCUUUUUCUGAUUAGUUUAAAAGAAAACUAAAUUUUAAUUCCCAGGCAACAGUCCAAAGACCCUCUUAUGCAGAUGUUAGUGCCUCUGUGUUAUGCAUAGAGACACCCUGAUAAUCACAGUCACCACCACUUGUCGCUUCAUGAACUACUGGACCUAUUCAUAGCUCAUCUGGGUUUCAGGGUGGCUUUUAGCGGGGCGGGGGGGCACAGGGAGGGCUGCUUUCACAAGGGAGGGAGGUGCCCCAAAACAGUACAGUGUUCAUGUGCAGCUUUCUAUGCAGUCCUUUGGGCUGUGGCUUUAACUGUUAUAUACACUGCAUUGUAUUUCUGGCACCUACAGGGACUUUACAUUUUGCCCAUAUUUUUCUCCCCUAUUGCAAAGGACUCAUUGCAGAUGCAUUCAGUAGGUCCCUCUUUGUAAGGCAGAUGUUCAUCUUGUAGGUGAUCUGAUUCUAUGUUGGGCAAAAGAUUCCUGCAUUGCAGGUGGUUGGACUAGAUGAUCGCCAUGGUCCCUUCCAACUCUAUGAUUCUAUGAUGAAAUUUUUAACCUUGGUUUCUGUGCAACAUGUUCCAAUGCAGAGCCAACUGGGAAGAGAAGUUGACUCCUUAAAAAAAAAAUA